AGUGCCGCCCGCCGCCAGCGACACCCAGGAAGGAAGGAUCGCUUGUCGCCGAAAUGGAGAACGCGAAGCAGAGGCACGCCGGUUUCCUGCCGCCCUUCAAGCACUUCGCCACGCAGGCCAUCCACGUGGGGCAAGAGGCCGAACAAUGGAAGUCCCUGGCCGUGGUGCCCCCCAUCUCCCUCGCCACCACGUUCAAGCAGCAGGCGCCCGGGCAGCACAGCGGCUUUGAAUAUAGCCGCUGUGGAAAUCCAACCCGCGAUUGCAUGGAAAAGGCUGUGGCAGCACUGGAUGGUGCCAAGUAUUGUUUAUCUUUUGCGUCUGUAGCAGCUACGGUGAACAUUGCACACUUGCUGAAGGCAGGAGAUACUGUUGUUUGCACAGAUGAUGUCUAUGGGGGUACCAAUAGGUAUUUCCGGAGGAUAGCAUCAGAGAUGGGCCUGAAAACUAUUUUUGUUGACUGCCACAAACUGGAAAAACCUCAAGGCUGCAAUUACACCAGAGACAAGCUUGUCUGGAUUGAAACUCCUACAAAUCCAAUGCUGAAAGUUGUUGAUAUUCAAGGUUGUGCUGACAUCGUCCAUAAGCAUAAAGGCGUCAUUCUUGCAGUAGACAAUACCUUCAUGUCUGCAUAUUUCCAGCGUCCUUUAUCUUUAGGAGCAGACAUUUGUAUGUACUCAGCAACCAAAUACAUGAAUGGUCACAGUGAUGUGGUAAUGGGACUGGUUUCUGUCAAGGAUGACAAUCUCCAUGAGAGGCUCAGGUUUUUACAAUAUUCUCUUGGAGCAGUUCCAUCACCUUUUGACUGCUACCUUUGCAACCGGGGUUUAAAGACACUGCCAGUCCGCAUGAAACAACAUUUCCACAGUGCGAUGACAAUUGCCAAAUACCUCGAGUCAGAUCCAAGAGUUGAGAAAGUCCUUUUCCCUGGAUUGCCGUCACACCCGCAGUAUGAGCUGAUGCAACGCCAGUGCACAGGCUGCCCAGGAAUGAUCUCCUUUUACAUUAAAGGAAACCUUGAAAAUGCCUCCGCAUUUCUCAAAAACUUAAAGCUUUUUACGCUGGCUGAAAGUCUAGGAGGAUAUGAAAGCCUGGCAGAGCACCCUGCCAUCAUGACUCAUGCCUCAGUCCCAAAGGCAGACAGAGACGCCCUUGGGAUCUCGGAUACGUUAAUCCGCAUGUCUGUCGGUUUAGAAGACUCGGAAGACUUGUUAGAAGAUCUGGACCAAGCUUUGAAGGCCGCGAUUCCUGAUUACAGAAUCUAUAACUAGGAGUCUUGACAUCACAUUUGAUUCCUGCACAUCUGUAAUACAAAUGAACUGGAUGAUCAGCUG